UUAACGAUUUCCUCGAUAUCUCGAAUAAACUAUAGGUAAAAAAGUAAAUUAUUUUUAAAGCGAUCCCUCGUAGAGAUUAGUCCUGUCCAGCCCUAAGUGAGAAGUGAGACAACAUCGUGGAACCACCUUGGGCUGUUUUCCCUUCCACAUUAAGCGCCUGUGUGUAUUUUUCUGGGACUCCUUUUCGCCAAAGGAAGCGAAAAACAUGGAAGUUACACACGCUUUGUUUCUGUCUGUUCUUGUGUUCUUCGUGGACAGCGUUACCGGAAAUGGCUACAUGAUAGACCCUCCGGCGCGUGCCUCCAUGUGGAGAUUGGGAUACGAUACACCAAUAAAUUACGAUGAUAUGAACAUCAAUUGUGGAGGGAUAUAUAAACACUGGGUUCAGAACAAGGGUAUUUGUGGUGUCUGCGGCGACCCAAUCGAUGGCGAACGACGUCACGAAGCCGGUGGAGUGUACGCGACAGGGGUGAUAACUCGUACCUACAAACAAGGGGGAGCAAUUCCGAUACGCGUGAAUCUUACUUCCUCUCACGGAGGAUGGUUCGAGUUCAGAAUUUGUCCCAACAACGACGUCACAAAAGCAGUGACCCACGAAUGUCUCGAGAUGCAUCUUCUUCGAAUGGUUAACGAGCCGGAUAAAUCCCGAUUUACCGAUGUGCCGAUGGGAGGGCUAUCUAACCCUGCCUCAAUUCUGAUGGAAUAUCAGCUCCCGGCCGACUUGCAGUGUAGUCAUUGCGUCCUGCAGUGGGUGUACAAUACCGGAAAAGAUUGGGGAUGUGAUAAACAAGGGACAUGCGCGAUGGGACUGGGUAACCAAGAACAGUUCAUUGGCUGCUCUGACAUUGCCAUUACUGUCAAUGGAGCAGCACCUAUUACCGUCUCAUCCACCGUCUCAUCCACGACAAAAUCCACUGCCAAACCGCCACCCACUGUGACCAAUGCAUCAACAACGGCUAGCACCAGGUCAACUGCAUCAUCCAGUGUCUCCACGACGACCGUCAAACCGCCACGCACUGUGACCAAUGCAUCAACAACGGCUAGCACCAGGUCAACUGCAUCAUCCAGUGUCUCUACGACGACCGUCAAACCGCCACCCACUGUGACCAAUGCAUCAACAACGGCUAGCACCAGGUCAACUGCAUCAUCCAGGGUCUCCACGACGACCGUCAAACCGCCGCCACCUGUGACCAAUGGAUCAACAACGGUUAGCACCAGGUCAACUGCAUCAUCCAGAGUCUCCACGACGACCGUCAAACCGCCGCCACCUGUUCCGGUUACACCUUAUCCUAUAACUAGUACUCCAUCAGGACCGCCCGUCGCAAGAAACGAGUGUCAGGCUAAGGGCGUUUUGAAUGGGGUCUACGACGAAUUCUGUCGCAAUAUGUGCUUUACUAAAGCGAAUUGCCCAGAAGCAUUUUGUAACGAAAAAUGCCACCAGAGAGCUAUGCAGCUAGACAGAUGUAAUAGUGAUAGCUGCCCUCCUGGACGGUGAAAACAGCUUCUUGUAAAUACAGCAAGCCCGAAUACCAUUUAAACUCAAACAAAGAUAUCAGAAUCCGGCUGAAAACAAUCUUCUGUAAAAUAUAAGUCUAUUUAUAAUGAGCAGUAAACAAUAUACAUCCGCUUUACUGUUAAAGCAGCAAAUAUUCUGAUUGUCUAGAAGACCUAGCUGAUUUCCCAGGAAUGUCUUUAACCGAAAAUUAUUUCUUUGGUUGGAAUAAACAAUAACGAAUAAUCUAUGCUGUACAAAACCAAAAUACACUAUUAUGUGCUGAAAGAUAAAGUUUUUUUUAUCUAAUUAUCAACGAUGGGUAAAUAUAAUCUCAGCGUAUUAUCGCUACGGCUUUUCUCCUUCAGUGAGUGUAGAAUCUCUCUCUAUGAAAUAAUAUAAUCUAUUAAAUCUCUAUCUUUGAAAUAAUUAAAUCUAUUAAAUCUUUAUCUAUGAAA